UAUCAAAACGCCUCUGAAGGAAUUAUUGCUUGGGUGUCGGAUUAACGCUAAGACAGGACAGGAAUCGCGGGCCGAGUAAUUAAAUCUUUUUGUGUGUAUUCAAAGAAUGAUGCUGUAAUAAGGCCUCGGAAAUGACAAUUCUGCUAUGGCUGAUGGUCAGUGUCAGCUAUAGUGCAGCACUACCAAGUAAUCCCAUUGACUUCCUCAGCGGCAAGGGCGACUGUAAGCCGAUCUGUCCGUGUUUGAUGGACGGCAUCAACUAUGACCACGGCGAGCGGUGGAAGAAACAGGGCCAGCCAUGCACCGUGUAUGAAUGUGUCAACGGAUUCUACAGACCGAUCAAAGAAGGUUGUGAGUUUAAAGGUAAAUGCAAAAACACGAACACUACUUGGACCGAGAAGUGCUUCACCUACCAGUGUUACACCAGGGAUGAGAUGUCACACUACUCUCUAGUGGAGGGAGGUUGCUUAGAUUCCUACGGUAACUGUCGCACUGUGGGGGAAAGAUUCUAUGAAAACUGCGACACUGUUGAGUGUCAAAUUGUGAAUGGUUCCUGCUACCAUUUGGUAAUUCUGUCAAAAGGCUGUACGUUUGAGGGAGAAUGUCGGGCACUGAACUCCUUCUGGCAUGACGGAUGUUCCGUGUACCAGUGUAUGGAGACGUCCAACGCCGUCACCUACCAGAAGCUUACCAAUGAGGUCAUGUACUGGCCAAAGGGGCCUUACGGAUUAUUGAUGGCGGACAGUGGUUGCCCCAGUAACGACAUGCCGACAGCUUGGAGCAACGGAAGCCGGCUUCACUACAGUAACGGCAACUCCAUGCCCUCGUUCUCGUUCCAUCUCUAUGGCAACUACUCCAGGAUCCUGUUCCAGCACCACUUCUGCAUCCACGACCACGCGGGCGACCCCUUCUCGAUGCCUCGCUAUCAAACGUACUGGGAAGAGGGGAAAUACUGUAUAUUCCGAGUCUCCGGCCAAUGCCCAAAUGAAUUUCAUGAAGGGUUUAUUCUGAUGGACGAUUUGAAUGGAUUAGAGUUUAUGCAGAGUGUGAAUGGAUCGGUACCAGAUGGGGUUUAUGAAAAAGACACGGGGUUCUUCUUCUGUUGCCGAUCUGACGGUGACGUGGAAACACCGAUAGUUUUGCCCAAAGAUCAACCAUUCGUUUUGUUUAUGGCCAAUGGUAGUACGGAAUGCCAGUCGGUGCGGGGCAUGCUUCACGAGCUGGAGUUUUUUCUGUUUGAUGAUGAGAAUGUAAACACAAAAGUAGCCCAGAACGGUUCUCUACCGGAAGUAAAGCGUGGAACCAACAACACCGUCAUCUAUUUCUGCUACUACACCCCCAUAACAUGUGGCUGUGAAGAUGAAGACGGAAACAUGAUACAAGUGGGGGAAAAUGUGACCAAAAGCUGCGUUUUGUAUAACUGUGAAAGCUACCAAAACAAUCUUCGUUACCUCAAAGUCCUACAGGGCGGCUGUCAGUGGAACGGGAAGUGUGUACCAGAGAAUACCACAUGGACGGAGGAAAAAGGUGGUAUGUGUACCCGGUACAAAUGUCAGAAAGAGAAAGACGGACCAUAUCCCAAGUACAAGGUUAAAAAAGAACACGAAGGUUGUAUGGACGAUAGCACAUGUCGAGGUCUUGGAUUUAGCAAAAGACGCGGAUGUUAUGAACUGCAGUGCAGGAUGCACCCACAAGUACACAGACCAUACUAUAAGCUAGUCCGUGCUGGUUGUAGUGACGGAAUGGGCGGAUGUCUGGCCAUCAAUACCACAAAGGUCAUGAACUGCGUCACGUAUCGAUGUGAGCAACAUUCCUCCAACUGCGGUCUCGACUUCUACAAAGGGGGAUGUAAUGAAGGCGGGAAAUGCCAUGACAUCAACAGCACGUGGAAAAGCCAAAGCUGUCAUGUGAUGAACUGUACUUUGACAACAUCUGGAUCAGGAAAUCUGAAAAUAAAGACGAACAUAAAGAAAUAUGCGUGCAAAUUUAAUGGUAGAUGUUAUAAAGAAGGAGAACAAAUGGACAGAGACUGUGUAAAAAGACAAUGUAAAGUUGACAGGAAAAAGAAAAUGGUUAUGAUGGACGUCAUUCAUGCAGACUGUAAAGUGAACGGUAAGUGUGUCCCAGUAAAUGGAACCUACAAAGAUGGCUGUUCCAUCAAGCGGUGCUACUGGCGUAGAAACGGAAACGUCUAUAGUUCUGGCAGCGAAAUCGUGGAAUUUGGCUGCAAGUGGAAGGACGGAUGUAUAAACGAGACCGAGAUCAGACAGUUUGACUGUACGCACUACGUCUGUCGUGUCUUCAAGAAGGGACAGUUCAGGCGCUCCGAGAUGGCCGUCUACAGUCAAGACUGCAAAGACAAGGACGGUAAUUGUAUUGCAGUGGGGAGUCAGGGCGAGGGAAAGAACUGUAACAACAUCAGGUGUGUGUCCAACAAUGGCAGAGCGGAGCUGAAGAACACCGCCAACGGAUGCUUUGACAAAAAUGAAUGCAGAAAAGAUGGUGGCAAUUGGACCAACCCCGGCAAUUGUGUAACCUAUGGGUGUCGGAUUUCAAACCAAAAUGGCCGAGUCAUACCCCAGAUAAAAAUCGUAGACGUAGGGUGUGCGGUGGGCGGGGUGUGUUACCGGGGAGGAGAGAAGUGGGACUCGGGCUGUCUGGAGAGGCAGUGUGUGGUCAACAGGUCCAACAAGGGAUACUCUCGCUCUGUCUCAGCAAAACUACGAGGUUGUUCUGUGAAUAACAAGUGUCUAGAGAUUGGCUUCAAAGAAAUGAGGAGUGGGUGCCUCAACUACGGCUGUAUUCUGGACAAGACCUCAAAUCGACCUGCCUACAAACUGCUAAAGGGAGCUUGCAGAGACUUGGACGGGAAUUGCCGAGAAGUUGGCGAGGAGUGGGAUUAUUUGUACAAACCUAACAAAGUGUGUUUACGUCUGAAAUGCGCCUAUACUAAAGGGGUCUAUCGUAUCUCAACACAAAAACUUCUAUGUAAAGACAAGAACGAUAACUGUAGACAACAGGGGGAACGCGGGUUUCCGGCAGUGGUCGGAGGACGGACAUACAAUAACUGUGUAUGCAAGGCGUACGGAAUCCAGUCACGGCUAAACUGUUAUCCAUAGGAGUGUGCACAUUCAGAUGGAAUCAUUUUUUGACAAUCAUAAAUUUUAAAAAUUUUAAAAUUAGGAAACAACCUUAACUUGCGAUAUUGAAUGCUAGAAAUAGACCGAGGUUAAGAAUUGUCA